AUGGCGGAGCUGCCGCUGCCCGCCGGGCUCAGCGCCAGCGCCUUCCCCGCCAAGCUGUGGCGCCUGGUGAACAGCCCCCGCGUCCGCUCCGUGCGCUGGGACAGCCGCGCCCAGGGGCUGCUCGUCGACCGCUCGCUCUUCGAGCGGGAGCUGCUCAGCCCGGGCGACGCCCACGGGGGCGGCCAGGGGGUGGGGCCGACGCCGGACUCCUUCCAAGCCACGCACUUCGGUAGUUUCGUGCGGCAGCUCAACCUCUACGGCUUCCACAAGGUGCCGAGCCGGGUUGGCUCAUCUGAGCCCGGCGAUGCCGGGGGCUGGCUCCACUUCAGGAACCCCAGCUUUCGCCGCGACCGCCCCGACCUCCUGCUCCAUAUCAAGCGCCUGACCAGGGCCAACAGGCAGCGGCUGGCAGCGGGGCUGGAGGUGCGCAGCCGCCAGCCCAGCCGCUUCCAGCAGCUCCGCACGGAGCGGCCGCUGGCGUCCUUCCCCGCCGGGCAGCCGCCCAGAGCCGUGCUCUCAUACCAGGACCUCACUGCUGCCUCACCUGAGGGUUUACAGCUGCCUCCAGGCCCUUCCAGGCUAAGCGCAGGUGCUCAGGAGUCUGACUUCUUCCUGACAUCUCCCAAGAAAGUCUUUGCCUCAUCUGGAUUUCUUGGGGUUUCAUCAGAGGAACCAGGCACCAGCAAAUUUCAUCUCAAGCGUGAGCUCAUCAUUCCGCUGGUUCCCAUAGACUGCAGAUGCCGCCCUGAGCUCACCGUUUCUCUGCGUCCCAUAGACCAUCACAGCCCUUCCAUGGCCUCUCCAGAGGGAAGCAGCUGCACAUCUUCAGAGCAGUAUUUGCCAGCCUGCAGUUCAUCAGCCACCCCAGGCACUUCAGGCCCCAGCGCUCCAGCUGGCAGUGCUGGUUUUGCACCAUGGACAGCCCCCAGCUGGCUGUGGAAUACUCCUGGGCAAGAGGAAUUGCCACCACCAGAUCUGGACAUGGUGCUUGAGACGCUGGAGGAGAUGUUUUCUCCCUCUGCUCAGGUAACUGCAUUGGACAGGGAAGAAAAGGGCUGGGAGCUGAGAGCUUGUGAAUGUUGUUGCAUGGCUGAGAAGCAAAGGCUUCUUGAGUUCAGCUCAGUGAAUGGACAGGAAAAGAUUUGCUUGGUGAAACAAGACUUCCUAAAGAAGAGGGAAUGAAAAAGUCUCCCCCUGAAUAAGGAUGAAGAGGUGUGAGCCUGUGUUGGCCAGGUUUGGGUGCCUGUUUUCCUGGGAAGAAUCCCUCGUGCAGGGGUGUUUGUGGUGAGGAAGUGGAAGCUUUGUAGGUUCUAAGAGGCUUUGUUUGGUGGGAAAGAAGAGAAGAGUGUUUGGAGAAUUGCCAAGUGUCCCGUGCAGGGAGGGACAUGCCAGAGGUGCCUGUUCCAGCAGCAGAUGUGGGCUGUGCCUCUUUUGGGUGGGAAG